AUGAAGGAGACAGGAGAGACCAUACCGCACAUAGACAGGACAGAGGCGUACAUAAAACAGCUAAUAGCCCUGGCUGAUCACUGCAUACACACUCUCCGUGCAGAAGUAGACGAGAUCAGCAAGUACGUGGUAGAGCUGAACAAAGCACACACCAAAACAGAAGCAGAAAAAGAUAAAAACACAGAAAUACUGAUCAAUGUAUUAGAUAAAAUAGAAAUAGAGAUUGAAAAAUUAAAACAGAUAAAAAACACCCCACACGAAAACAAAGAAAAAGAGAGCAACUUCCACAGAACGCCAAGAGACUACGAAGAGAUAAGGGAGAAAGAGGGCCAGAUAAAAAAGAAGAAGGCCGAGAUAGUCACCAGCAUGAACAUCCUAUUCACAGAGAUAAUACAGUCGAUUGAGAGAGCAAAACCAGCUGAAGAUGCAGGAGAUUCUUCAGAAGCUGCUCCAAAGAGCACUAAAAACCCUUUGGACCAGACAUUUCGCAGACUAGAGUCAAUACAGACGUUCAGGUACAUUGAAAAGCCCGACCUAACCAUCCUAACAGCUGAGACAACAGCUAGCGAGAGUGCAAUAAAAGUGUCAAUGGUGCACACUCUCCUUUCGUGCUACAUAACAGUCUACAUACCAGGCGCGCUCUCCAUAAUAUCCAUUCUUCUCGGAAUGCUGCACAUAAACGAAGUGUGCAGGCUCCUCUCCAUGCACUCUAAGAUAGGUCUAGCAGCAGCAGUGCCCAGCAUCCUAGCUGCUUCUUCAUUCGUAGUGAUGGGAACUAUUUCUACAAACAGCAGAUACUACAAAAGAGCAUCGUACAAAUCAUCCGUACUCCUGACUGCGCUAGGAGCAGUAGCAGGUGUAUCUACGCUUGUAGGCAUAUACCUCUUCCUCUGCACAAAGCUAAGCACAUGGUUUAGGAGUGGCAUAGAUAAGUGUUUUAUGGUGUGCAUGUACACCUCAGUCAUUCUUACGAUGCUAAUCAACGGGAUAAUAUGCAGUAGAAGAAUAAGAGUCUCUAAAAAGCCAGUAUUCAGUGCGUAUCUGAGGAUACUUCGCAUACUCUACAGCUAUGCCUGCGCAGUGCACACAGCGCUUCUAGCGCACAUCAUGUUCCUUAUAGGCUCUAGUGCACAAACCCACACACCUCCCCUAUUUAUCCUAGAAAUCAUAAGGCGGUUCAAAGACUGCACGCUGUGGAUAGCAUAG